AUGGGAAGCUUGCGAGCGAUUUGGAAGCAUCCUGAUGACUUGUAUCCGAUGGUGAAGCUGAAACUGGCGGCGAGGUGCGCGGUGAAGCAGAUCCCGGCGGAGCCUCACUGGGGAUUUUGUUAUUCGAUGCUUCAUAAAGUUUCUAGAAGUUUCGGCCUCGUUAUCCAGCAGCUUGAUACUGAUCUUCGUGAUGCCGUUUGCAUUUUCUAUUUGGUUCUUCGAGCACUUGAUACUGUUGAGGAUGAUACAAGCAUCGCGCCAGAUGUGAAAGUACCCAUUCUGAUGUCUUUCCAUAAUCACAUAUAUGACCGUGAAUGGCAUUUUUCAUGUGGUACAAAGGACUACAAAGUUCUAAUGGAUGAGUUUCAUCAUGUUUCCACUGCUUUCCUGGAACUCGGACGCGGUUAUCAGGAGGCAAUUGAGGAUAUUACCAUGAGAAUGGGUGCUGGAAUGGCAAAAUUUAUCUGCAAGGAGGUAGAAACAAUUGAUGAUUACGAUGAAUACUGUCACUAUGUAGCUGGACUCGUGGGAUUAGGGUUGUCAAAGCUAUUCCACGCUUCUGGGAAGGAAGAUCUUGCAUCAGAUGCCCUCUCCAAUUCCAUGGGUUUGUUCCUUCAGAAAACAAACAUUAUCAGAGAUUAUCUGGAGGAUAUUAAUGAGAUACCAAAGUCACGUAUGUUCUGGCCUCGUGAAAUUUGGAGUAAAUAUGUCAACAAGCUUGAGGACUUGAAAUAUGAGGAAAACUCAGUUAAGGCCGUGCAAUGCCUGAACGACAUGGUCACAAAUGCUUUGGUGCAUGUAGAAGACUGCCUGAAAUACAUGUCUGCUUUGAGAGACCCAGCUAUCUUUCGCUUUUGUGCGAUUCCCCAGAUAAUGGCAAUUGGCACGUUAGCUUUGUGCUACAACAAUAUUGAAGUUUUCAGAGGUGUUGUGAAAAUGAGACGAGGUCUUACUGCAAAAGUUAUUGACAGAACUAAAACUAUGGGUGAUGUCUAUGGAGCUUUCUAUGACUUCUCCCGUAUGCUGAAAUCUAAGGUUGAUGACAAAGAUCCUAAUGCUAGAAAGACCAAAGACAGCUUAGAAGUGAUCUUGAGAAUUUGCAGGGAUUCUGGAAAGUUAAACCAAAGGAAAUCUUACAUUAUCCAGAGCAAACCCCAAUAUGAUCCAGCUUUGAUUGCGGUCCUGGUCAUCAUAGUAGCCAUUCUUCUGGCAUAUUUAUCCGCAAGUCGACCGUCUAAUAUUUGUAACCUAUUUACAUCAAUCUAUGAAAUGCAGUUAUUAUCACAAGUAUAA